AUGGAUUACAGUUGCAUACCGAUCAAUAAUGAUGUUAGAGAAUACAGAGUCUCAAGAAAAUCAACAUCUAUAUUUACAUUUUUUGAUUGGUUUUUACUAUUUACAUUCUUUUGUACAAUUAUAAAACACCAAUAUUACAAUCAAUCAUUAUUUAAAUCAUUUUCGACAUAUUUUUUAAUAUUAUUAAUUCUAUUUAGAUUUUAUUUAAAAUUAUUUAUAGUUAAAGAAGAAUCAUUAAUUGUAAUGAGAGAAUUGGGUGUACAAUUAAGAAGAAAAUAUAUUUUAAGACCUGAAAGAGUAGAGUUUAUAGAAAAAAAUAAAAUUGAACAGAUUGUAAUCAAUGAAGGUAUUGCAAAACAUAAUGUUAUAUUUUAUAUGGCUUUUAUUGUAGAGGGAAAAAACAAAGCAAUGGUUUUAGCAUUCGAAGAUUUAAUACCAAGGAUACAUAUUUUAUUAAAAAUUUAUAGAGGCACCUCUUCAUUUUUAUAUACAACAACCUCUUCCUCCAAUGUACCAACUACAACAACUACAAACGCCACAACUACAACAACUACAAUAUCCUCAAGCACUUCAUCCUCUUUAAAUAUAUCAACCAAUAGCACAUCAAAUAUAAAUCCAACCAUUAAUAAUAUAAAUACUUUCUCAUCAGUAUCCACUUCACCAAUAAUAGGAAAUUCAUUUACCGAUGAUAAUAUAGAUAGUAAUUUUCAUUUAAAAUGA